UGAUUUUCUUAACUGGUUUGAUUCAUCUUUGUGCAAACCCAUUUGGCUCCUUACAUGUUAAAGGUAUUGUAACACAAGGAGCAGCCGUUGUUUCUAUUGUUGCUCUUUUACUUCUUCUUACUGGUAUUUGUACCCUUGUUUCACCAUUCUUUGGUUUUAUUCCAUUCCCAAUUAUUAGAAAAUUCGGUAGUGCAUUCUCACCAUACGUUGUUAUUCCAUGGUUUGUUGUUCAUGGAUUUGUUUGCCUCUUUAUGACUGGUGUAUUUGGUUGUAUCGUUGGUAUCUUUUGUUUCAUUACCGUCAUCAUUUCAGUUAUUGGUAUUUUCUUCAGUUUCUAUCAAUCAAGCGAUGACGAAUAA